GGAGGAACCUGAGUGGAUUAAAAUGUUUGUAAUUCUGCUUCUGGUUCUGGUUCUGCAGCUGACAGAAAUCACAGGGAAGUUUUCACCCAGAUUUGUUGUCCCGGUUGGAGACGACGUCACUCUGCCUUGUGAUAACAAGAGAGAUGAACAGGAUACAUGUGAAAAAACUAACUGGCUGUUCAGUGAUUUACCUGAUGCAUCAGUUACAGUCUCUACAGACAGACACAUUUCUGAACAAACAGAGAGACUGGAGGUGGCGGCUGAUUGCUCUCUGGUCAUAAAGAAGGUUUCUCAUGAGGAUGUUGGUUUCUACACCUGCAGAACUUCACAUAUCAGUCAUAGUCAUGAUGCUCAUGCUUAUCUGUUUCUCAUAACAAUGAUGGAGAAGGAAGAGGGCGACCAGGUGAAGAUUUCCUGCGUCGUCGCAGCAAAUGAAAUGUGCAAACACACGGUGGAGUGGAUGUACGAGGGGGAAGCUCUGAAGGAUGCCAUGAUCAUCAAGACAUCCAGAUGUUCAGUUACUGCUGUUAUUUCUGAAAGUUUCCUCAAGAACAAACCGAAAUAUCGAGAGAUGUUUUCCUGCAAAGUGAAGGAUGAUUCCACAGAAAGAGACCAGCUGUUUCCCCUCAGCCCUCAGGCUGCCGGCAACGAUGUAAGCAUAACAAAUGCAGAAGGAGGAACAGCUAACAAAACAGAGCCUGCAUUCAAAAACACUUCAACAACCCCAUUCAAUGUGUGGUUAUACGUUGUGGUGUCGGUUGGUUCAGUGGCGUUGAUAGUAACUGUUCUGGUGAUCACUCUGUGGAAACGAGGGGAAGAGGAAAGAUCAAUUAUUCUUCAGGAUGUGGAGCAAAACCUGAACUCUGCUUCGGUUCUGACUAAUCCUGGAAACGGUCCAAACACGGCUGAACCUGAUGAUGACGUGCCCUACGCCACCAUUUGCCUCAAAGAAAAGGCAAAAAGUAAAACUUGGGAUGACGAGGCGCCAGGCGACUCUGUGACCUACAGCUGUGUGAAGGUCGACUCUCCUGCAGGUUCCUGACAUCCUGACAGCCUCAACGCAAACCGUCAGCAAAUCACAUGAACAACAAACGAAACACUUCUGAAAACAAAACCGUAUUUAUCAUGAAGUUUAACUGUUAUUGAGAUAUUAACUGGAUGCUGAUUCAUUUCAGUUGGGUCGUUGGUGUGAAAUCAGGUUUCAGCUCAUAAUAAUGAUGUGCAGGUUAUUAAUGAUGUGUUAUUGAUCUGAUUUACUGAUUCAGUCUGAUGCUUUAUUUAUUACAUUAUUAAGUUUGUAAAGUAAUACAAAUGUCACAAACAUUGUGCUGUAUGGAAGUUAUAUAAAUUGAAUAAAACUAUGGAUGUCAGUUAAUCAACUGAAAAACAGUCAAUUCAUCCUUGACCAAAAGUGAUCUGAAGGUGAAAUACUAAAAUAAAAAUCUUUUUUUUUCCUGCUGAUUAAAUUAAUCAAAACUUGUUUUAAAAGUUUAUAUAAGCUCUGUAAAUGCACCAACUUUUUUUUUUAGAGUUUUAUGAUAA